UAGCCCCAUAUUACCAAGGAAGCAGAAUAGAUUUUUAAUAAAUAAAAAAGUGACCCCACGACGGAGCCUUGGGGAACUCCCAAUUCAACAUUGGCUGCAAAUCAACAGACCCGUGUUCGGCAUUGCCAAUCAAUAUUUGCCCGUUAUAUACCUACAUUUAUUUUUUUAGAGAUAACUAUCUUCAUGUAUAAUAUUUUAAGAGUAUUACUCCAGAAACAAAAGGAUGUGACAGCGUAAAUAUCUUUUAAGGAAGGGACGAGAUAACGAAAUCCCUCAAAAGCAACCUAUUCCGACUCUAAUCAUUACUUGUUUCACUACCACUGCAGCCAAUUCUUGUUUAAAAUGACUUCUCCAAUAUGUCUCUACCGCUGGGUCGAUGCUUGCAUCACUGACGAAAAAAUCCCCGACACCGCUUUUCAAAUCGGUACCAAUGUCCACGGCCACGCUAUUUACGUAGGAAGAGCGUACUUUGAAGACGCUUUGUGCCCUAUCCAGGUCAUCCCGGCGCAAAAAAGAGCCUAUCUGGGUCAAAAUGGGAAAGAAUAUGCUGUUGAGAAAUUUGAAAUUUUGUGUUUGAACCAAUUCAAAUGGGUGCCAAGUCAUGACGGCGUAGUACUUCCAGGGGCGCUACCAGGGGGCCGUAAUAAAGUAGGUGUACCUACGUUUGUAGGCAGAGUAUUCGCCGAGGGGUCAUGUGUUGUCGGAACGAUACAUCCAAGAUAUGAAGUUUGUUUUUACCCUCACAAGGGUAAAUCGUUAGAAACGAACAAACACGAGGCCCUGCUCUGUCUCUUCUAUGAGGAGUAAAUGUGGUCUUUCGCCAUCAAGGAAGAAUAUUCGUUUACGCAAAAUGAGCAUCCGGUUUUAUAUUUGCUUGUAAUAGAGUUUUAAAUUUGUAAUAUAUAUAUUUGUUUUAAGACGAAA